AUGUUGUACAGUUACAACUAUGGCUUCUCAGGCUUCUCCGCAAAACUCAACUCAACACAAGCUGCUUCUUUAGCAAAAUUGGACCAGGUCAUAACGGUUUUCAAAAGCAAAAGCUUGAAGUUACACACAACGAGGAGCUGGGAUUUCUUAGGUCUCACCGUCGACAAUGUCCGUCGUACUCCUCCGCCGCAGCUCGCCUAUGGCUCCGACAUCAUCGUCGGGAUUUUUGAUACUGGGAUUUGGCCGGAAUCGGAGAGUUUCAAGGAACCGACGGAGGCGAAACCUAUACCUUCGUCGUGGAACGGAAUAUGCGUCGGAGGAGAAGACUUCGAUCCAACCGUACAUUGCAAUCGUAAAUUGAUCGGCGCUAGAUUUUACCUCAGAGGAUUCGAAGAGACGUACGGACCGAUUGACUUCACGCGAGAUCCGGAAUACAGAUCGCCGCGUGAUUACCUCGGUCACGGCACACACACGGCUUCCACCGCCGUCGGAUCCGUUGUUCGCAACGUCUCCGGCUUCUCCGAUCUUGGACGCGGCACCGCUCGCGGCGGAGCUCCAUUGGCGAGGCUUGCAGUGUUCAAAACGUGCUGGGGGAAGGAUUUGGAAGGGGUUUGCACGGAGGCUGAUAUCUUGGCAGCUUUCGACGAUGCGAUCCACGAUGGUGUUCACGUGAUCUCCGCGUCUUUCGGCUCAUCUCCGCCGUUAUCUCCGUUUUUCGAGUCGAGCGCAGAUAUUGGGGCGUUUCACGCGGCGGAGAGAGGAAUCAGCGUGGUUUUCUCUUGCGGAAACGACGGGCCUGAUCCUGGUGUUGUUCAGAACGUCUCUCCUUGGGUUGUUUCCGUCGCAGCUUCGACUGUGGAUCGGAGUUUUCCCACCAGAAUUGUUAUCGACGGCAGUUUCACUCUCACGGGUCAGAGCUUGAUUUCUCAGGAGAUCACUGGUAUAUUAGAAGUUGCAACAACGUAUUUCAGUGGAGGGGUUUGCAAAUGGGAGAACUGGUUGAAGAUAAUUGCCAGUGAGACAAUCAUUUUGUGCUUCUCUACUUUGGGUCCCGUUCAGUUCAUCGAAGAAGCACAAGCUGCUGCAAUAAGAGCGAAUGCAUCGGCACUGAUAUUUGCAGCAUCACCCACCAAACAGCUCGCUGAAGAAGUAGACAUGAUCCCAACAGUUCGUGUUGAUAUUCUUCACGGGACAAUGAUUAGGAACUAUCUUGCUCGUUCACCUACAGUGCCAGUUGUGAAAAUUGGACCGAGCAAAACUGUUAUCGGAGAGACUACAGCACCCACUGUUGCAUAUUUCUCUUCAAGAGGACCUAGCUCACAAUCACCUGAUAUUCUCAAGCCAGAUAUUACAGCGCCCGGUAUUGGGAUAUUAGCAGCAUGGCCUUCUAAAACUCCACCUACAAUGUUACCAGGAGAUCACCGAUCUAUUGAGUGGAAUUUCCAGUCUGGAACGUCAAUGUCAUGUCCUCAUGUGGCUGGAGUUAUGGCGCUUCUUCAGUCAGCUCACCCUGACUGGUCACCAGCUGCAAUCAGAAGCGCAAUCAUGACCACAGCGUAUACAAGAGACACGAGCUACGACUUGAUCCUCUCUGGUGGGUCGAUGAAGUCCACUGACCCGUUUGAUAUUGGUGCUGGGCAUAUAAACCCUUUGAAAGCCAUGGACCCUGGUCUGAUUUAUAAUACCAGAACUGAAGACUAUGUACUCUUCUUGUGCAACAUUGGCUACACGGAUCAACAAAUCAAGUCCAUGCUUCUCCACUCAGAGUCUUCCACAAUAUGUUUUCCUUCUCACUCGUAUCGAACCAAUGCGGAUUUCAACUACCCAUCUAUAACCAUACCGAGCCUGAGAUUCACCAGGACCAUAAAACGUACUGUAAGCAACGUUGGUCCAAACAAAAGCACGGUUUAUUUCGUGGACAUCAUUAGACCUGUGGGAGUGGAAGUGGCGAUCUGGCCGCAGAUUAUGGUGUUCUCGAAGUGCCAACAAGAACACUCAUAUUAUGUUACAUUCAAGCCCACCAAGAUUUCCUCUGCCCGGUAUGUAUUUGGGGAGAUCAUUUGGACAGAUGGGGUUCAUCGUGUUCGAAGUCCUUUGGUUGUGUUCUUGAGCAACGGUGGUCUUUUUCCAAGCAGUUGAGAAAGUCAUGUAAAUGAUUUGCCCCCAUUGAAAUAGAUGGAUGGUGUGUUCUCAUCGUUUUAUCCGAAGAUAUAGUUCGGUUUAGUCUGGUUCAGAACAAAAUUCAAAUUUUCCCGGGAAUAUUGUGAAUUUGUGAUUAACCCAAUCGCAAUAGUAUCAGUGAAUCUUUGUUUGGUUUGGUUCUUGGUUUACGCUUAUACAAGUUACUGCAAUUUCGACUA